AAUGGAUUCAGUGAUCAUUGCCAUUUACAACUUGAGUCUAAUGAUUAUUUUCCUUUGAAUUUUGUUUUUGGAGUUGAAUGGAAGACUAGAAACAUGAGAAACAAGGAACCCGGAAGACAUCGAAUUGUAUUGUUUCCAUGGUAAAUGCUCAAACCAAAACAAGCCGGGUGUUCAAAGAUCAUUAGACUUCUAGGCAGUUUAUUUACUUCUGUAUCAACAUCUAAUUCAUGACAAUUUACAGGAUCACGAUCUUGAUCACCAUUCACUGUUUCUAGUUUGAAUGAAGCUGUACCAAAUAACCAUGGAACCCUUGGAGAAACGACUUGAAGCUUGUAUUGGUGAGAUUAAGAGUCUAAUUUGUUCACCAUCAACAGACUUGGUCAACUCUUCGGUGUCACAGUCAUCUAAGGUAGCGAAUAGGUUACUCGGGACAAUUUACGCCGAUGAUACGCACAAUGAUAUUGAUUGGAAAGCUCUUUUACUCAGAUUGUACGAAGAAUUGAGACAAACGGAAGAAAAAGAUGAAGAGAAUGAAGCCGAGGAAGAUAAAGAUGAGUAUUCUUUCACUUUAGAUUCAAUUGGAACCUUAAUUGUUAUGAUGAAAGAUCAAUUGAAAAAGUGUCUUCAAUCAAAACCAACAACAACAGAUGACAAUUUGACUGUUGACCCUUCAUUAAGAAAUUACGAGUCAAUUUCAAGAAAUACAAAUGUUCCCAAUUACAUUACAUUAACUCAAAACAAUGUUGAAGUCAAUGAAAUCUGGGAAACUCUGGUUCACUCUUUGAAAGAUUUAAUUAUUGAUCAAUUGGUGGCUACAAAUAUUGACAAUCCAUUGCAAAAAGAAGCCUUUUACCAUGAAAUGAUCCUGUUAAACUCAUUGAUCAGUUCAUCAGAGGAAAGUGAAUUAUUUACUGUUUACAAUUCCAUUCGAAGUCAAAGAAUAGAGAAACAACUGUUAAUCGAUCCUGUUGAUUGUUUCAAUUUAGAAACAAUUGUUGACUGUAUCAAGAAAUGGGUUAACUUUGACUUGGAGCUAGUUGAUUAUUACCAUCUAUUUUACAAUCAAGUGACUUUCCAUCAAAUUGUGACUCCUUACAUAAUUUUAGUGAAAAAUUUAAUCAUUGAAGGAUCACCAAUGAAACAAUCUCACAAUGAACCAGAGAAAAUUUUAAAACUGAUUAACCUCUUACGUGAUCUUGAUAGUUUCCUCUCUGAACGUGAUACUCACAUUCCUUCUGAAAAUAUGUCACCUUCCAAGGAUAUUCAUGAUAUUUGGGAUUGGCGUGGUUACUUUGUUUCUCAAGGAGUUGACAACUUGUUACUGCGUUACUUGAACCAAGGGCUUAAUGAUUUAAUGUCUUCAACUGCUUCUUUAAACACUAAACCAGAAACUGGUCAGCUAACAUCAAUAAACCAAUCGGACAAUGUUUUGUUAACCAUUAAUCAAAUAUUUAAAUUUCUAGACUCUUUUGAAUCCAUUGAGUUGGCUGAGUUUAAAACCUCUUCAAAAGUCAUCGUAAACGUAACAAUAGUCGACUUUCUUAUAAAGACUUCAGAGAUUUGGUUAAAAGAAUCGACUCUUCCUAUUGAAUCUUAUUACACUUUGUACAAUUCAUUUCUCUAUUCACAACGGAAACUUGACCAUCAUGGAUUAUCUAAUGGUAAAAUUGAUGAUGUUAUAAGCUCAUUACGGUCCAAGAUUGUCUCUUCCCAUUUAUCAUUGCUUUUGUUUUCCUACAAGAGUCUUGAUUACAUUAUAAUCUACAUGAAAAAGCUUUCGAUUAAUAUGCUCAAUUUAAUUCCAUAUGAAACUCAGGAUGAGUCUCACAUAUUUAUCAACAUUUUAACUCUUUACAUGGCACAUAUUGUCAAAAUUAACAUCGAAUUGUCAGAUUGUUUAAUUCUCUCAUCCAAUCUGAUUGAUUUACUGAUGCCAUUCGCUGUCAAUGUGGAGACCUUGUUUUACAAAAGCUUCCGUGAUAUUCAUUCAUGCUGUUGGCUUCUCUUGGUUCGAGCCAUUUUCUUUUAUGCACCCAUUUCCAUCCUGAACCAAGAACUUUCUUUAGGAUUGGAUAACAGCACCAAUAAUAAAGAAACAAUUAAACCAGUGACGCCAAGUAAAUUUUCCUCUCCCACCAAACCAAAAUUUAAAUCAACCUCCAAUUCAUCAUCGUCUCCCUUGUCAACCCCAUCCUCUCGCCAUUGGACCAAUCUUUUUGAUUUGUAUAUUGAAACAAUUCCUCGACCAUCCAACGCUUAUUUAAUCUCCCUUCAGCGUAAACGACCUGCUUGGUCUGCGCUUAUUCGCCCUUUUCUUGAAUCACGACUUUCUUUUUCCAUUAAUGUCUUCAACCAUUUGGAGGUUACACCUGAAAAUGAAGAAAAGGUUAUUGCUUUUUUAUCAAACAUAAUAACUGUUUCUUGUCUCAAUGAAUCCAGGGAAAAGAGUGUAAGUUACCUGUUAUUUCCAAUCAUUCAAAGGAAUGAAGAAUGGCGUUGGUUGGAUAUUACAAAGAUCACAGCCAAGCCGAAACCUUGGUGGUAUCAAGCCUUACACAAAGUCAUUGAUGAAACUGUAUUCAAAUUUGUUCAGGCUGCUUUGAUUCCACUCGCUUACCGGUUUUUGCUUCAAGUAUCGAAAUACAAGUCUUAUUAUGAUGAAGCAGGUUUGAAUGAAAGAUAUGCCGAGUAUGAUGAAACUUUUCUGAUAGAUGAAGCCACAAAAUCAUUGUUAUCAACCAUACCAACAAUUAUGGAAAUACUUCCAUUGCCAUUGAUAGCAAGUCUGGAAGAUUUAAAAAAUAUCAAAAUGAUUACAGUCAAGACACUUUAUAAUUCUUUAACUGCCCAGAUUAUUUUCGGCUCCAUUUUAAAUUGUUUAACUAGACCAAUAUUAAUCAAUCAAACAUUAACCCAAAUUGGCGAAGCUUUUACUUCUAAAGUCGCUGAUAAGUUGGAAAAAAUGGUUAUUACUGAAGGUAAAUGGCCGUCAAUGAUUAAAAUCGUUUCUUCAAUUGUUGAAAGACGACUUUCUAGUAAAACAAAUUAUGUUAUAGCAUCGGAAGCAGAUCAAUUUGAUUUAAUGGAUACUUUAGUGAAUUUGGAUCCAAAACUCCAAACAAUUGUGGAUUCUCUAUACAAUUUUUUAGUCUCCAAUUCAUCGUUAUUGGUUAAAAAUGGCCACUUAACGAAAGAUCAACAUUUUAAUCUCAAUUUUGAAUCAACGGCAUCAAUACAAUUAACUUAUAACAUCCUUGAACACUGUGAAACAAUUAAAACACCAAAAAUCAGUGAAAUCACAGAUGAAAAGUGGAUUCAAUUGAUUGGCCGAGUGAAAUCGAAACUUUCACUCCUAUCAAUCAGGCAUAUUAUGCUAGAACGAGAAAAAGCGGAAAACUAAUGAUAAUUUUGAAAUUGAUUUCUAAUUUUAAUAAAUUUUAUAUUCAAUG